UCGGGGAUGCUUUAGAUGUUAGGUAAGCUUUCAUUGGUCCAUAUCAACAGCUGUGGCCAAUCAAAUAGCCGCUCUAUCAGACGGCCAACAAAUGAUCACAUGACGUGAAAAUGGCCGAGGAAAAUAACACGAAUGCCGAUAGCUCCACGGAGAGUGAGACUAACUUACCAAUGCAAAACGGUGACAGUCAUUCUGGAAAUACUGUUGAAAUUAGUGAAGUCGAAAGCAUCGAUACGAUAGUUCAAGAAUGCAGUAAAGAGUAUGCAGACAUUGACAAAACGCUGGACCAACUAGACACCUGGAUGAAUAAACUAGAAGACCAGAAUGAUAACCUGUAUGGUAGAAUUGACGAGCUGUUAGAAUCCAACAGACAAAUCAAGAGAGAGCUUCAAGAACAAAACCAGCAGAGUCAACAGCAAGGAGGAUCAGACCAUAAACCAGAGCCAAUGGAUCAGGGCGACGCGAAGAGUUAACAGACUUAAACUAACAACAAUUUAUAUACAACAAUUAUUAUUCCACUUAAUGUAUCUUAGAAAUUGUAUCGGAGUAGAGGAGAACCAACAUUCUGGUUAUCGGAAGUUGGCAGUAGUAGGAAUCAGAGAUGGAUACCUAACGGUAUUCAGUAGAGCUCCAUCACGGAAGGUUAACACAAAGGAUAUGUUCUUUGUAUUAAUGUAUCUUAGUUAGAUUUGUUAGAUAUUACAGGAAUAGAGCAGGAAAGAACAUGGGGUUGUCAUGGGUCACAGGGUGCUCAAUUUUGAAACGGGGUAAGAUACUGAAUAAUGACAUGUCUGCAAGGUACAAACAAAAGGAAUGACUUUAUGGUUUUGCAAGUGACAAUGUUUACUGGAACAAUACAUUUUUUCAUACAUGGUUGUCAUCUAUUUACUGUAUAUCUAAAAUAUCAAUUGUAGUACUGGAAUAUUGAAACUUUUAAUUUCCCACCGUUUUGAAAUGAAAGUUAUUAACUAGUGUUUUAUUUACCUGCAAGUCAUGUUGUGUUUUGUUUUUUUAAAUUUUGACUCGUUGAAAUUUGGAAAAUUCAUUUAUUUUACAAAGAAUGACUCACUGCUUUACAUUGAAAAAAGGAAUUGACUCACUUUGUGAAAAAAGGUUGUUAAAACAAUGUGAAACAUUCCAUACCAUGACUUUAGACUCGAAGGACCUGUGUGCGGGUACCCAGGUAUUAGGGCCCUAGAACAACAGAGGCUAAUCCAAAAUAGUAAUAUAAUGUUUCUGGGUGCAGCCCUUCAUAUGAAAGAAACAUUUACCCCAGUAUAGACUAUAGACAUAUCAGGAACUGUCAAUGUUUGAUUUUAAACACUAUAGCUACUGUGUAUCUUUACUACCGGUAAGCAUCUUAGUGAAAGCAUGGUGAUCAGUCAUUAAAUGUGACAUUUUCCCAACCCAAAUUAAAACUAUUUGAAAAUGAAACAAUUAUCAUAAAACUGUGUUCUUUGAUGUCACAGGAACUGUAUAUUUCUCCCACCUUUAUAUAUGCAUGAUACACAUGUCAAAUGCAGAAGACCCAUGUGAGAUAACUGUUUUCCAUAUUAAGUGCACCCAUUGACCUCCAAUUCAAGAACUAAAUUCUUCUUAAUCCUGGGUAGGAAGUGCAUAAAAAUUGUUCUGUGGUCGAAGUGUUCAGAACCUUGUCAGCUGAUGCUCUAUAUUGUGUCAUUUUGAUAAAUGAUAUCAUUUUGAAUCACAGUUUUAAUUAGAUGGGAAGCAUCUAAUGCCAAAUUAUGGCUAGCAACUGACAUUGUCUCACAGAAAUAUACUAUUCUUGUCCUUUUUUUUUUAAAUUGCCAUUUGCAUACUGCUGGAAUUAAGAAGUAUACCAUUUUCCCUGCUCUAAUUAUAUCUAGAAAAAAUCUACUGUAAUUAAUCAUCAAUGCAUUUACAAUGUCAAUGUAUUUUUUUUUAUCAAAAUCCCAGAUAACAAGUGGAAGAAAAAGAGUUAUUGAUUAUGAAGGUAUGAGGAGUACAGAAAUUCUAACCUCAGGUGUAGAAUUUGGAGCAAGUGAUAUUUUUAACCGAAAUUCCACAGGUAGAAUUUCCAUAUCCCCGAUACACAAUACACAUGAUGACUUAAUUAGUGAAUUUAUUAUCUAGUCAGGAAAUCUUAUGAUGUCGAAGUAUUACUGUAAACGUGGUUGUUAACGCUGGGUGAAAAUUACCCGAUUUGAAGGUCAAAACUAUACGCGCAGGGGUAAUUUACACAGUCGCGGUAGACAGACGUUUGCUCUGCAGAGUUAUCUCCCUUACUUUACAAAAGAUGUACAGGUAAAAAUACUAGUAGCUACGGAGUACAUGUUACUUAUGCAUACCGACUGGUCAUUGGACAGAUGAAAAUAACGGUGAACUGUAUUCAUGUGUAUGUGUGUCUUAUACCAGCUGAUCUCGUUAUCACCUCGGAUCAAACAGGUGAGUGCUAUUUAGUCGAAACAAACACAUUUUCCAAAUAACAAUGAUAAAACCAUACACUAUUCGUAAGUUAUCGUAAAUCAUCGAGCGCAGUUAAUGUCGCUUCCAUGAUGACAGGUGCAUUUACCUGUGCCUUUAUAUAUAUUUUCAAAUUUGUUGUACAUUAAAAACUUCAAUUAAUUAAGUAGUUUAUUUCAGUUAUUGUUUUUAUCUUAUACCAUUACAAGACAAUGCACGUUAAUUAGUAUUACGUUAACAAAGCAAUAUUACAGGAGGACAUCACACACAUGUACCAACAAUAUCUAUCAGAGUUGUCGUUCUUUACACUAUCGUCGAAACCAUAGGCGCGGGGGAAAUUUACGUUAACAAUCCAACUACGCGUAAUAAGCGUAAAUUUCCCCCGCACGUAACAUUCCACGUUUACAGUAUUCAGGUUUUAAUACAAAUCACAUUUAUGUAGAUUGUUGUUUAUUCUGUAUUUAGUUUUAAAGGCGACAUUCCAACAAAAUGGACCACACAGGAAAACAGUUACCAUAGUGGUUGUAUAAGCUUCUGCAAUAGUAAAGAUCUUGUAUGAAUGCAACACAUUGAAAGUACAGAAAAGAACACAUAUUGUAAUUUUGUUAAAUAUAAAAAAAAAAAAAAA